GACAUGACUCUUCCCAGCGUGUUUAACGAUCAAGUUAGGGCAGCGAUGGCAGCUGGCUUGGGUUCGAAGCCCGGAUGGGCGUUCGAAGACUUUUUCAAGUUAGACCCGACAGAGGAACACCGCCUCAAGAUGGGCUUGGCGGUCCACUUGAACCUCCAAUACGACGCCGUGAACAUGGGCGAGCCCUCUGCUGUUCCCAUUGACGGCGUCGCGGCCUACCGCCCAGACGUUAUCGGCGACUUGCACAAUAAGUACUUGGACGCUACCUCGGCGGGCACCCCAGCCCCAGACGCAACGGUGGCCACUGUCAUUUCGGCUCUCUUCGUUAAGUGGUGCGCCCCAGGCAAAGUCUUUCACGUUGGGUACGUGAGCGAUUGGAUCUCCAAGAACUCCGCCUCUUGGGGCAGCUCCAUCGAAAGGCGGGCUGGCGGACUCCAGGCGCAGGCGCCAUACGGGGCCCAACGCCUCACCUUGAGCAACCAGAGCUCGCUGUUCGGACUCAUCGCCCUCGGUGUCAAACAGUACUUGCACGGCAAAGUCGACGACCAUAUCGCCACGGCCCUCAGGAGCAUUCGGGUAAUGUUGUUCCUGGGCGCCGAGUCGGAGGACGUGGAGCUUUUGAACGCAAAUGAGAACGUAGCGAAGGAAGAGUACAAGCGGCACUCCGAGCUCGAGAACGUGACAGUGGUUCAACAGUGGUGCGAGUCCAUGCGUGCGGCAGGUUCCUUGGAUCCCACGAAGGCGCUCGACGUCUUCAAGUUCUCCGCGAUCUUGGGCGACCCUAGGCAGGCGACGCCAGCGUGGUUGUCCAAACUGGUCGGAUCUGUGGCACCGACGCGGCCGAACAAGGUUAAGGCGAUCAUGAAGCAGGAGUGCAAUCUGAAUUGGCUGAAGCAGAACAAGGUGCAGGCGGCUCACGCACAGAUGAAGAGCUUCCAGGCAGGGGAGCAGCUACAGAUUCGCAUGGCCCAGUACGCCGCCCGCCGCGUCUUCGAGUUCCGCAUGAAGCAUAAGACGGUCGACGCGUUCAGCAGCGCGCCAGCAUGGGUUGCGUUCGCCCGCCUUCUGCCUUUCAUCGAGAGCGUCCUCCAGUCGGAAUACGGCCCGGACAUGCGCGCGUGGCCAGAUCAGGCCACCGCCUUGCACAAGCAGCUCUGGGUGGGAGAACUCGACUCCGAUCUCAUCCAAGUCUCGACGCAGAUACCGGGCCACUUCGACGCCCGCCAUUCCGAGAUUGUAAAGCUCCUCACGUCGGUCUUUACGCCGUUGCAGCGGACUAUGAAGGCAGUGGCCGCCGCCAAGGCCGUGCGCGUGACGGAGCAGCCGCCGCCGCCGCCCCUGGAGACGGCCAGCGCCGGCGACGGCGACGAGGGCGGCAACGGCAUGACGGAGAAGACUGGCGACGUCACUAAUGAGCUGGCGGCCGGCUUGGACCUGGCGGAAAAGAAGAAGUUGGUCUCCGACUUGAACAAACAGGGGCGGAAACGGAAAGCCCGCGACGCGGGCGCGGGCUUCCUCCUUGAGUCCAGGGGCGGCGUGCCAGGUUGGCCGUGGCAGGCUAUCAGUGACCGCGACAAGUCUUUGCAGCGACAGAUUGAUCAGCAGGCCGCCGAGAUCAUUCGCAACCGGGUGGUGGUCAUGCGCUCCAGCACUGAGGCGAAGCACUGGAUGGAAUCCCACGCCCCGGGAUAUGUUGCCCGGGCCAUUGUCGUCGACAUUGCUAUGGCUGGGAAGCUAGACUCGGGGCCUAAGUCCCGCAGGAUUUGCCGAGAUCCGUCCGAAUCGAUCUGCAAAGAGUGGGCCGAAGCAAUAAAAAUCCUACCGGCAACGCCGGUGAUCGGACGCGUGAUCAUCCGGCCUUGCCACCAAAGUGGAGUGCACAAGCUCCACGAGCAGCUGGCGGACACCCACAAGCAUUUGAGGUCCAUCUGCGUCCCCGUGCAGGACCAGUUGAAAGUCAUUUUCGGCGACAAGGCCAAGCAGGUGGAGAGCGUCAUGUUCCAGCACACGUCCCGCAUCACCAGCGAGGCUGACUUCAUUCCAGUUAACGACGUCUUCAAGGUCGCGCUUGGCGCGCGAUCCCAACCGCGGGCGUGCCGCAAAGGCCAAGUGCGCCCCACCGUGUACAUCGAGGUGCUGCGCUCCGCGUUAAACUGCAGCCCGAUCCCUUUGUCAGACAACGAAGUCGCGGUGGUCAUGACAGGAGGUACGCCAGAGGCCGUCGUGGCAGCGAUCGCGUGCGGGUACAAGCACGUGCUAGUGGUGACGCACGACGACAACGAGAAGCAGAUGCUACAGAUUCCACCCCUGGCCGAAGAACGAGAGUUCAACAUCGACUACGCAGCGUACUCUUCACCCGACCCUAUGGGCCCGCUGAAAGGCAUGCUGGCUGCAUGCGCCGUGCGCAUGUUGCAUCCAUUCAUCGCCAACUUCCUGCAUCGGCGCCCCGGUCACAAGGUGGAGCCCCCUGGCGAGAUGCACAUCCCGCCCCUGGAAACCUUUACCUUCAUCCCGCUCACGGGCGCCAUCGUGGCCAGGCACGUCGGGGAGGACGCGCCCGACGCGGCAGCUGCGACGGGGAAGACGCCGAAUGCCAAGAAAGCGGUGAGGGGGGCUGCGGAAUCGCCGAGCGCGGCCACCCCAGGCACUGGGAAGAGCAAAGGGGCCGACCAGGACGAGGAGGACGGCGAGGAGAACGAGAUCGAGGACGACGCUGGCGACAACGGCGAUGAGGAAGAGGACGACAUCACUUCCCAGUUGCAGAAGCUGGAGGAGUUAGAGAAGGGCUCCAGCGGGAAGAAGCCCGGCAAGCGGGGCGUUGCCUCUGGCGGCGGCGGCGGCCCAGGCAAGAAGAAGCCGAGGGCGUCGGCGAAGCCGAGGGCGUCGUGA